CAAAAUUGAUAUACUGUAAUAUAGGCCUAUAGAUUUUUCACAUGUGUGCUUUUCCUAAAAUAAUGAAACAAAUAUUCCAUAAUCUUUAAAUAUGAGAGAUAUCUUGAAUAGGAAAAUAUUAAUCGUUUUAAAUAAUGACAUUUAACGUGAUUAAAUGAGCCCAAGACACACUUGCUUGUAGAUCUAUUACUGCUUGAGAAAAAAGAUGUUCCUUUGUUACCUUUGGUCAUUCUCUGUUGUUCCAGUGGACCAACAGGUGUAAUGUGUUUCACAUCCAGCAGGUGGACGCUAGUACUACACGGUAACCUGAGGGAAACCUUAGCGGUCUAACUUCAGUGUGAGUUGUGGAAAAGUCCUGGGCCACAAGUUUUACCAGGCUUUUCCAGGCAUAUUUCUGAGCCAAAAAAAAGCAAGACAAUAUCCAUGUAAAUCUCGGUGUGGUUGUUACCCUCAUUAGGAUUUUAAAGCAAAAAAAAAAAAAAAAAACGAAAGACGAGUUUAGACUGUCAGUUCCGUCAUCUUUCUCAAUUUAAGACUCACACAACACGUCAAUUAUACACGAAAGAAAAAAAAGCUUGACAACGUGAGGUGAAGAGAUGACCAUGACCAAUAUUCAACAUCUUACUGUGAUACAGACGUAGCCUAACCCACCAGGAGAUAAUUAAUUCACUGUUCUCAAGGCGGCUCGACUGCUCCCAAGGGGCAGAGACAGCGAAGACGACGGUGGAGGAAAGAGGAAGAGCGAGAGGGAAUGUCAUUCACUGAGAGGACCAACGUUGAGCGGUAGCACUUCUCCGUUAUCAGCCAACCCCGCAGCAGUUGCUUCGCGCAAGACAAGACGCAAGUGUAGCCUACAUAUGUGCGAUGAAAGGCUAAGUUUUUUACAUUUUGCGAUUUCAUCACUUUGGAGCAAAGGUGAAUUACCGAUCUGUAGCAGCAAGCCAACUGUCACUCAUUCUGUGCUCAAGGUCUCCUACCAUCUCGGACAGUCCUCAACGGUUCGUUUGGAGGUUAAGGAACGGAAGACGUCUCAAAUUGCGGGAAGGACCCCUGUCAUCAUCCCCUUUCCUGGAUGUGCUUGUUUGAGCUUGAUUUUCUGGAUUUGAGGACUUUGCAGUGACAGACAGACAGACGUGGAUCCGAGCGCUGGCGUCUCAAUCUCCUUCUCCCUCUCUACCCUGCCCACGGAGCUGGGCCCUGCGCAUCCAGAUGGACCUCCAUCGGGCCCCCUUCAAAAUGGAUAGCCCCUCGUACCUGCCCAACCCCCUGGCAUCCCCCACCCUCAUGGUCCUGGCCUCCACAGCCGAAGCUGGCCGCGACGCCAGCAUCCCCUGCCAGCCUCCACGCUCCUUCGGAGUGCCCAUGUCCAUGGAGAAGGACGCGCACCUCCCCUUCAGCGGAGGCGCCUACACCUUCACCUCCAUGUACCACCGGCAGGGGGCCAUGCCCGGAGGCUUCCACGGCCGAGACUUCCCAGCCUCUCUGCUUCACCUCCACCCCCAGUUUGCCCCUCCGAACUUGGACUGCUCUCCCCUGGGGAUGCUCAGCCACAGUGGGGUGGGGGCCUUCCGACCCUUCUCCUCUCCACUGGAGGAGCGUGACAGUGGCUCCUACCAUUCCGCCUUCACCCCCGCCAAGCGUCUCAAGGCCUGCCUGGAGCCCGAGGCCUCGUCCCACCUGCGGUACACCGACUCCGAGGGGAAGGAGUACGACUUUGCCAGCGCUCACAUCCCCUCGAGCUCUCCGGGCGCCAGGCAACCUGCCGAGGAUGCUGUGAAGAAGCUGUACUCCGUGUCGGGCCUCCCGUCUGACGGAGAGGCCUUGUCUGGCCCAGAGGAGCGAAAGGAGCUGUCCAAGGUGAAGGGUCUGUGUGAGGGACAGGUGCCCGUCUGUCCCAUCUGCCAGGUACUGCUGAGGCCGGGGGAGCUGCAGAGCCACAUGGAGCAGGAGAUGGGGCGCCUCACCCAGCUACAUCUCAGUAAAAGUCCCGUGCAGAAUGACUCUCUCAACACAGUGACUCCUAAGUCUUUGCUGAUAGCGAUGCAUAUAAAGCGCGAGGGAGAUCCACCUAUCCCUUUACAGCCUACAGAUGGCGCUCUUCUCUCUGACAGAUAUCAGACUUUUCUGCGAGUGAGGGCAAACAGACAAACAAGGCUGAAUGUGCGGAUCGGGAAGCUUGGAAAGAGACAGAAGACUGAGGAGAGCCAGAGAGACGGUGUGUGUGUGGGAGAGGACGUCUCUGUGGACAUUGGCAGGGAGGACUAUGUCUGGAGUGAGAAGAAGAGGCUGCACAUGGCCUCAUUCCUCAGGGGAAUUAAAGGUGUUGGGUUUGUGAGCAGCACCUCUAAAGAGAACCACGACAGUGACGCAGACCUGGACGUGGACGGAGAUGACACUCUGGAGUACGGCAAAGCACAAUACACCGAGGUUGACAUCAUUCCGUGUUCAGGAGAAGGCGGGCGGAAGGCAGAAGACAGAGAAGCACAGAGAGCAGUAAUGUUAAAUGGUGGUGUGACACCUCCCUGCAGCGGUCACUCUGAGCGCCCUAAGUGGACGAUCGAGGAGGCUCCAUCGACGAGCAACGGAGACAAAAGCAAACUGGACAGCAGCAGCACAAACCUCCUGCAGAGCACUUGUAAAAACAGCAACAUAGAAAUCCUGUCUAAGGACUCCGGUCUGACCACACUUGAGGCCCUGAAGUGUCGGAUUCGGGAUCUGGAGAAACAGCUGUCACGGGGGGACAGAUACAAGUGUCUUAUCUGCAUGGUGAGAUUGACAUCUGCAUUGUGUGUGUGUGUGUGUGACUGCUACACGAUACCUCUCACCUCUAUCCAGUGCUGGCAUGUCCACUGUGAGGAGUGCUGGCUGAGGACCCUGGGGGCUAAGAAGCUUUGUCCGCAGUGCAACACCAUCACGUCACCGGGGGACCUGCGGCGUGUGUAUCUAGCUAACUACCAGGGACUCUACCACUCCAGGAGGACCUGGCAAGACCCGUACCUCUCUAGUGAUGGACACCAGGCCUUCACCUCUCCAGUGUUGAUCAUCAGGCCUGUCUUCAUGACUCCAGUGCUGACCGUCCAAACCUCCUGCAGCGCUAACCAAGGCGGCUCCAUGGACUCAUGA